AUGGAGAAUCCACACGAACAGGUCCAGAACGCGUUGUUGUCACGUAUUAUCAGCAAUAUGGAAAACUUGAAUGAGUCGAUUGUCACAAUGAAUAAAUCAUUACAAGACAUAAAUAGAGGGAAUAUGGACACAGAGAUGGUAGCACAGAUGUGGGAAAACUAUUCCAAGAACUCUGAAUUCAAUUUAGAAGCCACGGGACAGAAAAAGGACCCUAUAUGA